CGGCCGGGCUGGCUCUGGCUGGGGGAGGCUGGUUCCUAUUUAAAUCCAGGCAGCUGGAAAAUGGCGGCGCGAGGCUGAGCGCGGGGAGACGGGGUGGAGGAGGCGCGGCGGAGCCCGGUCGAAAACCAGGAUCCCUGGAUAUCGUAACUAGAGAUACUCAAGUGAUGGAGUACUCAUGAAAUAUUUUUGAAGAGAGAGAUUUUUACAAGGCUACUGCUAGACUGUUUAACACAGGAGAACAUCAGAACACCAGGUUGUUCUAUUCUUCACGUAAGUGUAUGCAUUUGGUGGGAGAGAUUUUUCCGUGACUUACAGAACAGCAUCAAAGAAGGCAACUUAUACUUUUGGGCUAGCAUGUGACUGACAAUGACUUCUGAUCCUGAUGGUCCCUUGAGAAAUCCUCUGUGUUUGAAUGUGUGUUAAGGACAAAUCAGUUGCAAGUGAAAUAAGGCAUGAUGGUGAAACCUGAGUGGCCUCUAGACCCUUGCCUUCAUUAGCAUUACCACUGGUAGAGCUUGCAACAGUGGUAACAUCAGUGAGAAACUUUUGGAGGGAGAAGGAAAAGAUUUAGUUUGCUGAUGUAUAGUCAAGAUGAGUGGAUUAGGAGAAAAUUCUUUGGACAGCUUGACCAAUGAGUCAAGGAAACGGAAGUCGUUGCCCUGUGAUACGCCAGGACCAGGUCUGAACUGCAGUGGUGAGAAGCGUCGACGUGAGCAGGAAAGUAAAUAUAUUGAAGAACUGGCUGAGCUGAUAUCUGCUAAUCUGAGCGACAUUGACAAUUUCAAUGUCAAACCAGACAAAUGUGCAAUUUUAAAGGAAACUGUAAGACAGAUUCGGCAGAUAAAGGAACAAGGAAAAACAGCGUCCAGUGAUGAUGAUGUACAGAAAGCUGACGUAUCUUCUACAGGUCAAGGCGUUAUUGAUAAGGAUUCAUUGGGACCUCUUUUACUUCAGGCAUUGGAUGGCUUCCUGUUUGUUGUAAAUAGAGAUGGGAACAUUGUAUUUGUAUCAGAAAAUGUUACACAAUAUCUACAGUAUAAACAAGAAGAUUUGGUGAAUACAAGUGUCUAUAGCAUCUUGCAUGAAGAGGACCGGAAGGAUUUCCUUAAAAACUUACCUAAAGCUGCAGUUAAUGGAGUUGCUUGGACCAAUGAAACGCCUAGGCAGAAGAGCCACACGUUUAAUUGCCGCAUGAUGGUGAAAACCUGUCAUGAUCUUUUGGAAGAUGUAGGUAGCAAUCAAGAUACCCGUCAAAGAUAUGAAACAAUGCAGUGCUUUGCUUUAUCUCAGCCAAGAGCUAUGAUGGAAGAAGGAGAGGAUUUGCAGUCCUGUAUGAUUUGUGUGGCACGUCGUAUCACUACAGUGGAAAGGGUAUUUCCAACAAACCCAGAAAGCUUCAUUACUAGACAUGACCUUUCAGGAAAACUAAUCAACAUAGAUACAAAUUCAUUGCGAUCAUCCAUGAGACCUGGCUUUGAAGAUAUAAUUCGUCGCUGUAUUCAGAGGUUUUUAUGUCAUAAUGAUGGACAGACCUGGUCAAAUAAACGUCAUUAUCAGGAAGCUUACAUCCAAGGCCAUGCUGAAACUCCCCUGUAUCGGUUUUCCUUAGCAGAUGGUACUAUAGUGACAGCACAAACAAAGAGUAAAUUGUUCCGAAAUCCAGUAACUAAUGACCGCCAUGGAUUUGUCUCUACUCAUUUGCUUCAAAGAGAACAAAACGGAUAUCGACCAAAUCCUAAUCCAAUGGGACAAAGUAUCAGAGCACCUACGGCUGGAAGCACAAAUUCAGUUGGUGCUAUUAUGAAUAUGCCACCAGGUCAAAGCAUGCCAAUACAGAACAGGAACUAUGGCAUGGGAGAUCCCAGUGCAGUAGGUCAGAUGAGCAGCACUAGAUAUGGAGGUCCUGGUAAUAUGGGACCGAUGAACUCUGGACCAGGAAUGCAGUCAUCUCCUUUUCAGAACAACAAUUAUGGGUUAAAUAUGAGUAGCCCACCACAUGGUAGUCCUGGCUUGACUUCCAGCCAACAGAAUUUGAUGAUUUCCCCUAGGAAUCGAGGGAGUCCAAAAAUGGGUUCACAUCAGUUUUCUCCAGUUGCAGGUAUGCAUUCUCCGAUGGGAUCUGCUACCAACACUGGCAGUAACAGCUUCUCUAGCAGUUCCCUUAGUGCUCUUCAAGCCAUCAGCGAGGGUGUUGGCACUUCCCUUUUAUCAACACUUUCUUCACCAGGACCAAAACUGGAUAAUUCCCCAAAUAUGAAUAUAGCUCAACAAAGUAAAAUGGGCAACCAAGACUCAAAAAGCCCUGUCUUAUAUUGUGAACAGAGUCAAGUGGAGAGUUCCAUGUGUCAGUCAAACAGCAGGGACCUCCUUACUGAUAAAGACAAUAAAGAAGGAAGUCUGGAAGGGUCUGAGAGUCAGAGGGGACCAUCUGAAAGCAAAGGUCACAAAAAGCUCCUUCAGUUACUCACGUGCUCCUCAGAGGAGAGGGGCCAUGCUACAUUAUCAAAUUCACCACUGGACUCUAAUUGUAAAGAAUCUUCCACCAAUGUUACAAGUCCCUCAGGAGUCUCUUCUUCUACAUCUGGAGGCGUAUCUUCCUCAUCAAAUAUGCAUGGGUCCUUGCUUCAAGAGAAGCACAGGAUUUUGCAUAAAUUGUUGCAGAAUGGUAAUUCUCCAGCAGAGGUAGCCAAGAUCACAGCUGAAGCUACUGGUAAAGACACAUACCAUGAGUCUAGCAAUACAACUCCUUGUGGAGAAGGAACUGUCAAACAGGAGCAACUGAGUCCUAAGAAGAAGGAAAACAAUGCUCUACUCAGAUACCUGUUAGACAAGGAUGAUAUAAAGGAUCCCCUUUCAAAAGAUAUUAAACCUAAAGUAGAAAGUCUGGACAACAAAAUGGGACAAUGCAGUAGCUCUUCUAUUUCUACUUCAAAUCAAGAAAAGGAGAUUAAAGUAAAAAUUGAGCCAAGUGAAGAGAUGAGUGGUGACUUGGAUAAUUUGGAUGCAAUUCUGGGUGAUCUGACUAGUUCUGAGUUUUACGGUAAUGCUAUUUCUGCAAAUGGGAGUAAUCUUGGAACAAAACAAGCAAUAUAUCAAGGAAAUGCUCCCCUGGGUAUGAGAAGUCCCCAGUCCAUGCAGGCUACCCGUCCUCCUUUCAACAGAGCCAUGUCAUUAGACAGCCCUAUACCUAUGGGUUCAAGCCCUCCAGUGAGGAGUGUCAAUGCAUUCUCCAUGUUACAAAAGCAAAACAUGAUGGGUGGGAAUUCAAGAAUGAUUGAAAGCCAGGAAAAUUUUGGAGCAAAUAUAGGUGCACCCAACAGAAGUAUGACUAUGAAUCAACACCCAGCAGGUGACUGGGGCUUACCAAACUCAAAGGUUAACAGAUUGGAACCUACAAGCUCCAGUUCAAUGAUGAGACCAGGAGCAGAUUAUAAUACUUCCCUUCCCAGACCAACAAUUGGUAGCUCCGUGCCUGGUUUGCCCAUCCGAUCUAAUAGCAUACCUGGUACAAGACCAAUUCUACAACAGCAGAUGAUUCAUAUGAGGCCCAAUGAGAUUAAUAUGGGUAUGGGAGGGAAUCCUUACGCACAACCAGGACCAUCUAGCCAGCCAGCAUCGUGGCCCGAUAGCAUGUUAGCCAUAGAGCAAGGAUCUCGAGGUUCACAAAGCAGACAAUUGGUGAGAAGUUCUUUGGAUGAUCUCUUAUGUCCGCCUCCUAAUGUGGAAGGCCAGAAUGAUGAAAGGGCUCUUUUAGAUCAGCUGCACACACUGCUGAGUAACACAGACGUCACAGGACUGGAGGAAAUAGACAGAGCAUUAGGAAUUCCUGAUCUUGUAAAUCAAGGGCAAACUUUGGAACCCAAGCAAGAUACAUUUCAAGGUCAGGAAUCUGCAGUUAUGAUUGAUCAAAAGCCUCCAUUAUAUGGCCAGCCUUAUCAGGGACAGGGGACAGCAGUGCCAGGAGGUUUUAGUAAUAUGCAAGGACAGCAGCCAUCUUUUAAUUCAAUGAUGAAUCAGAUAAGCCAACAGAGCAAUUUUCCACUCCCAAACGUGCAUCCUAGAGCAAGUGUGAUGAGACCCCGAACCAAUACACCAAAGCAACUCCGAAUGCAGCUCCAGCAGAGGCUUCAGGGGCAGCAGUUUAUGAAUCAGACUCGUCAAGCACUUGAGAUGAAAAUGGAAAAUCCAGGUGCUACUGUUGCCCCAGUGAUGAGGCCAGUCAUGCAGCCACAAGUGGGAUCACAGCAGCAAGGUUUUCUUAAUGCUCAGAUGAUGGCUCAGCGCAACAGGGAGCUAUUAAGUCAUCAUAUCAGACAGCAGAGGAUGGCAAUGAUAAUGCAACAGCAGCAGCAACAGCAACAACCUCAGGCCUUCAGUCCCCCACCAAAUGUGACUGCCUCAGGAAGCAUGGAUAGUGCUUUGGCAGGUCCCCCGAUGGCUCAAGUUCCUCCACAGCAAUUCCCAUAUCCACCUAAUUACGGAAUAAACCAACAACCAGAUCCUGCAUUUAGUAGGGUGUCAAGCCCUCCCAACCCAAUGAUGUCAUCAAGAAUUGGACCCUCUCAAAAUCCCAUGAUGCAGCACACUCAAACAGCACCAAUGUACCAAUCCCCUGAAAUGAAGGGCUGGCCAUCAGGAACCAUGGCCAGGAGCAGUUCUUUUUCACAGCAGCAGUUUAGCCAUCAGGGGACCCCUGCAACUUACAAUAUGAUGCACAUGAAUGGUACCGGUGGCCAUAUUGGACAAAUGAACCUUAAUACCAUGCCUAUGUCAGGGAUGCCUAUGGGUCCAGACCAGAAAUACUGUUGACAUCUAAAACCACAAUCUCCGAAUGAGAAUGCGCGACAUUAACAAUGCACUAGUAUUAUAAAGAAAAGCAACGCAUUCCUCGUGGCAACUAGUACUGGCCUUAUGGAAAUAACUGAUUUUUUUUUUUUCAGCUGAUCACCAAGAUGUCCAAAGUGACUUCACGCAAAAACCUUUUUUUAGUAGUAGCAGAGUCUCUGUAUUACUGUAUAUGGUGGUGUAUAAAACAAUGGUCAUAAAUAAAUAUUUUUGGCACUCUGCCUCUAGAAAUGUGAAUUUGGAAAUGGCAUUUUAGUAAAUAUGAUGGGGUAGACUCCUUAUAUACCACUUCUAUUUACUGUAGCUAUCCAAAGCCCUUUAACUACAGGCAGACCAAAGUGCCUGGAGAAGGUCAUGGUGCAUAAGAAUUCUGAUUUCUCUAGUAAGAAUAUCUGACAGAGAAUGUAGUUCCUAGCCUUGACUCUUGUAUUAAUUCCUGAAUAUAAAUGCUGCUUUUAACCUCUUACCCCCAGGAGUCAGGAUUUCCCCAAGCAAAGUGGCAAUACAAAAUGAAUUGGCCUAUACUGUUCCAAAAUCUUUCCUGUUGAUGACAAGGGGUUACAGAAAAUAAAUUAAUUAUUUAAACACAAUUGCGACUAAUAUUUACAUAUUGAUGUGCAGUUGAGUGCACUUUAUAAAAGGCUAUGUAAUGGAUUAAUGCAAUAUCUUUGAUAAGGAUUUAAUAAAUACGAGGUUAGGGUGUACUCUUGUUCUUAAACACAAUCUUUUAAGAAUUGUUAAUUGAAAAGACUGCAAAAUUAAUGUUUUCUGUUUAUGGAAAUUAGAGCAAUAAUCUUUCAUCUUUUUAAAAAUGAACUUCAGAAAACUCAAGGCAAGGCACUGCAGUCUAAAUCAGAAUUUUGCAGUCUUUUUUGUGAAUAAAUUUUGUAAAUAUGAUCUUUAAGAUAUUGUAUUAUAUGUAUGACUUUUGUAGGUCACUAACUCAUUUUUGCAGAGUUUGUGAAGCUAAAUAUUUAACAAAGUUGAUUUCUGUAAACUCAGCUUAGUUGAGGUCCAAAUAGAAGACCUUUUAACUUUUUUUUUAAUUUAAUGACCUGGAGUGGGUAACUAGCUCAAAUAUUUUCCUCCUUUGGUCCUUGAUGCUUCAUUUAUUUUACAUCCUUAACAUAUAGCUUUUUAAAAAGAUCCUUUGCUUAGGGUUAAGCAGUUGGUUAAUGCUUUCUUCACUUCUAAGUGAGCACUUUGUUACAUUUCUUUUUUAUAUAGGGCGAUUGGACAAAACUCUCUGGAUUUUAAAUUGUCAUGACUUGUCGCAACAGUUUGCGUGUGCGCAUGUGUGUGCAUACACGUGUGUAAUGUUGCCUUUUUAGUUAAUAAAUCUGUACUGUAGGAUGUUUUGUUAAUUGGAACCCUAAAUGUUCUUCUAAAGAAAUUGGUCUGUUGUGAAGAAUGUUAUUAUUUUUCCACCAUCACAUUUUAUGGCAAAAGUAUGUUUUAGUUGUUACAUGACAUCCAGAAAAUCUUUGAGAAAGAUAUUAAGCCACAUUUUUAAAUAAUGUCUGCACCUCAUUGAUUCUUUUUCUAUUAGUAAUGAAUGUAUUUUAUAAACAAAUAUCAGUAUUCACAAGUGUUUGGUUACGAAUCUCUUCAUCUGAUUUGUUGACAGGUUUUUUGUUGUGUUUUUUUUCUAUAAAAGCAAAGGUCCUACUGCAAUUUUUCCAGUUUAAACAGAUACAACAAUGAUUCAACCUGGUAACUUCCUUAAGGAGGUGAACCAGAAAUCGUUAAGACAUGGUGCUUUAUGUUCUACUGUUCACUGUGUAAAGGAAAAAACCCGAACUUCUCCUGAGUGAAUGAAAAUCAGUGUUUUUGAUUAUUUCUUCUUGGUACUGUAAGGUGAAGUCAUGUUUUGUUUUACAGAAACUUGAAUGAACUUCCAUGAUCUUCCAUUUUAAUGGAAAUAAUUUUCAGUGCAAAAAUUCAGCUAACUUUCAUCCUGAAGAUGUAGCUACAGUCCUGUAGCUUCCGCAGGUCGUGUAGAACAUAAGAAUCUACUCCUUAUGGAAUCCAGUCUUUGCAACUGGCACUGAGAAUAUACAUUUGGAGAAAAUUUAAGUUGUUUCAAGCCCUUAGUCUGGGUCACCUGUGUUGUAACGCAUGAUAUUUAAAGGCCUUAGGAAUUGUUCCCUCCGUGCCAUCCUUCCCUCCAUCCUCUUUUUUAUUUGUUUUUUGCUUACUGGUGGAGUCAGUGCAACCCACUGGAGUUGAAAGGCAAUUAUUCUUUUGCUUUUUUAAUUAAGUCGGAAUAGAACAAUCUUUACAUUUUGUCAUUGUUCAUUAUAUUGAUGGAAACUGCAAACCCUGGGUGCUUUGACUAGGUAAGAUCUUUAAGAUAUGUGAUACUGUAUACAUUGUGCCCCUUUUAACUUUUUUUGAGUGAUUCUAUUUAUACUUCUAAAACGUGGUACCUGACGGAUGUUCAAAGGAUCCUCGUUUCCUCAUCCACUUUUAGAAUGUUGAAUUUUUCCAAUAUCUACUUUUUGCUGAAUCCAAAGAUUUUGUUUUAGUUCAAACUUGAUAAAAAUAAAGCCUUUUUAAACUUUUUGAAUUAGCAUUAUUGAGACCUUUCAUAGCAACACUGAUUCUAAAUAAGACAUCUAGAUUGAAAAGUGUAUUUACAGCCAUAAACAAAAUGAUCCAUACAAUAUGUUUGAGUUUGGUGUCUCCAGCUGUUUUCUUCUACAGCAUAGUUUUCUGAACGUUUAAAGAAAAGCUGUAUAACUUAUUUUCAACAAUAAGAGACCAGUUUGAUACUACAACCAUCUCCUGCUCACGCUGCAUAGCAUAAAGUCUUGCUACAUGCCUAUCAGUUUUUUUCCUUCUGAUUAUAUCAACGAUGUUUUAUAAAAUUCAUAAACUUAAUUGCUUUUAUCCAGUCUGUCUAAUUUUGUGGUUUUUAAAAUAAAAAAAUCAAGAGCAUUUGUUCAGUUAUAAGAAAAAACUAUUUGAAUGUUUUACCAAUUAGCGCGCACAUUUUUAUUUUGGAUUUAAAUGCAGAUUGUCAGAAUGAUACAGCAUUUAUGAAAUCAUGUAAUUCUGAGAGCAAUAUUUUUUUUUAAAAAAAUUCUCAGGCAAAGGCAUACAGUAUUGAGAAUUGCAUUUAAAUUUAGUUUACAUUAAGUAUUGCUAGAAAUUAUCUGCAUCUUUACAUUGCAAAAAACAGGUGGGCUGAUUUAUAAAAGGGUUGGUUGUAAGGUAUUACUGCUCUUCUGAUAUUUGUGUUUCAAUGUUAAUAAUAAUGUAAAUAAAGGUUUCUAUUUAAAACCAGAAA